GGGAACGCGAAGGUGGGAGGAAUAGGGCAGGAGAUGCCGGCGGCCAAGGAGAAAUUAGGAUCCAGCUUCGCCGUCACCUGCAACCUCCUCAGCCGGUACCUCAGGGAGAAGAAGGGCGGCCUUGCUGUUUCUGGCAUCGUCGACAUGCCGCCGGCUGCCGACGUUGGAGGAGGAGCCUUCCGGCCGCCGACGACCAUGAACUUGCUGUCGGGGCUCGAGGAGACAAGCGCGGCGAAGACCUCUGCCGUGGACGUGGAGCUCUCCCUCGAGAAAGCCAGCACUGGCCAGCUUCUCGGGGCCUUCCCAACCGAGAACCAAGAUGCCGAGAACACAAGAGAAUUAGCAGCCAAAGAGGAGGCGCGGCAGCUGACCAUCUUUUACGGUGGAAAAGUGGUGGUCGUCGACAACUUCCCGUCCGCCAAGGUCAAGGAAUUGUUGCAAAUGGCGAACGCCGGCGACGGCGCCCUAGACAAGGCCGGUACCGGCAACGCGGUACCGCAGAGCCUGCCCCAACCUGCACAGAGCAGUCUUCCUGAUCUGCCUAUAGCGAGGAGGAACUCACUCCAUAGGUUUCUCGAGAAAAGAAAGGGCAGGGUAAUUGCAAAGGCGCCAUACCAAGUUCACAGCUCAGUUGCGCCGUUCAAGCAAGCAAAUAGUGACGACUCGUGGCUCGGGUUAGGCCAAGAAGUGCCAAUGAAGCAGCUGGAGAUGUGAUGGUCAACACCCCCGCUUGGCUCGAAACUUUAGAGCAGGGCAAUUGAUAUGUGGAAAUAGGACCAAUGGGACUGCUAGUUUACCCGUAGCUUUAAGGCAAGAAUAAUUUACUGUUGGUUAUCGCUUUCUAUUGCUAAGAAAUUAGCAAUUACUAGUUUUAGCGGGGUCGUUAUUUCUAAUUGACCAUUAGCAUAGAUACAUAAGCAAAACUCCUUAUGUUCGCCCCAUUAUUUGCUGCUGGAUUUGUAUGCUCACAGCAGUUUGGCUGGGACCGUGUCAUGUCCAUCUGUGGCCACGUCCCGUGACUCGUACCGUACGGGCGAUCUUUAAACGGGGGUUCCCUAAUUAAUUAUUGUGGAUUUGUAUGUUUAUCUGAGGAUAUUUUGUACUCCUUCUCCUUCCGUCCAACGAAAGAUGUCUCAAGUUUGUCAAAAUUUA